UCAUUUACUAACAUUUUAUUAUACACUAUAUAAUGACAAAAUUGAUGAGCAAAAUAAGAUCAUACUAGCACUACUCAUAUCAUUGUAAGAAUAUGGAGUCCCAAAGCUUCACUCAAGAGCAAGGGAAUGUACAAGCUCAAGAAAAAGCUUCAGGCCUGGGCUUGGGUAAUGUGUUGUGCAAGACUGGUAAAGGUUGGACAUGUGUUAUAACUAGGACUGAUGGGCCUGAUGCUGGCAAAGUUUUCGUUAAAUGCGGUGAAAAUUGCACCUGCACACUUGAUGGUGGAGCUGUGUCACCCAACAUUGAGAGUAGCAGUGACAAUGGCAGUGAAACAUUCUGCAAGUGUGGUGAAGGAUGGAGUUGUUCCAUUUUCAGGACUGAAGGUCCUGAUGCAGACUCAGGCAAAGGCUUUGCUGAAUGCACAGAACAAUAUAAGUGUGCUUGUAAAUGUUGAUGAACAAAUGUGCCCUAUUCUGCUAUUUGGGUUAGAAAAAUAAUUUGUACCAAAUAAAGGGAUUAUCAUCGGUUAUGAAGUUUGGUUUGCAGCAAAUUUUUAAUUAGUAUGUGUUUGGACUUUGGUGAACUCAUUUUGUAAUGCAAUGCAUAUGGAGAAAUUUCUGUUGUCUAUUAGAAUUUCAAAUUUGAAUACUUAUUAGCA